CAAUCGCAAUCAGCUGUUUAGUAUUCUACUUUGUGGAAUUGUGUUUAUUUUUAUCAUUUGAAUUUCACAAAUAUUUAUUUUUCAACUAAAAUUUUGCUUAAGCUUUGAAAUAAUCGAGAUGUCAAUUUUAAUUCGAUUUUCUGGCAAAAGGAUUGCUCAGCCAUUUAAAUCAGUAAUAUGUUCGUCGCGACUGAUAUCACAAGACCAGAAAAAUCCUCUUGAUACAAAUAAAAAUAGUAACCCCCAGCACUACGAUAUAAUUAUUGCCGGUGGUGGUCUUGUCGGCACUGCUCUUGCUUGUGGCAUAGCAAAAAAUAAAGUACUUUCGGAAAAGCGUGUUCUUUUGCUUGAAGGUGCUCCACCAUUCAAAGGAUUUUCUGGUGGCCAGUACGGAAACCGUGUAUCAGCUAUUAAUAAUUGUUCUAUUGAACUUUUCAAAUCUAUUGGAGCCUGGAAUAGAAUAUCGUCUGUUCGUUACAAGCCUGUUAAGCAAAUGCAAGUUUGGGAUGCCAGCUCCGAUGCUCUGAUCUCAUUUAAUCAUGAUAACUUCUCAGAAGAUGUUGCUUGUAUAAUUGAAAAUGAUUUAAUGCUAGACGCUAUAUAUGGUCAACUAGAAUCAACCAAAAAUGUAACAAUUUUGAACAAGUCAAUGGUUAGCAGUGUUGAAUUGCGAAUGGGUGGCAAUACAAAGAACAUUGUUUGUCUAAAAAAUGGUGAUUCAAUGAGUUGUGAUUUAUUGAUUGGUGCAGAUGGUGCAAAUUCUAUUGUGCGAAAAGAGAUGGGUGUUGAUGUAUUUGCCUUAAACUACGAACGAAUGGGACUUGUAGCUACUCUUGAACUUGUCGAUCCAGGAGACAAUUCCGUAGCUUGGCAAAGAUUUAUUCCCACAGGUCCAGUGGCAUAUCUACCGUUAAACGACACAAUGAGUUCAUUGGUCUGGAGUACUACUCCUAAUGAUGCAAAAAGGCUGGCAGCAUUGGCUCCAAAUGAAUUUGUCGAUGCAGUGAAUGAAGCAUUUUGGAAGGACUUUCCAAAGAAUGACAUUGUCACAAACGCAUUGGGAGCUUUGAAUUCAAUUAUGGGAAGCAAUAAUUUGGCUAACCGUCAAUAUCCACCUAAAGUGAAGAGCGUUGUAGAAGGCUCUCGAGCAUGUUUCCCACUUGGUUUUCUUCAUGCCUCGUCUUAUGUCUCGACUGGUGUUGCUCUCAUUGGAGAUGCAGCACAUCGAAUUCAUCCUCUCGCCGGUCAAGGAGUAAAUUUAGGCUUUAGUGAUGUGACAAACUUAAUCAAAGUCCUUUCGGAUGCUGUGUAUGCCGGAGCUGAAAUUGGGGACAAACAUCAUUUGGUGCAAUAUGAACAAAGCAGUCUAAUAAAAAAUGUGCCUCUUAUGAUCGGUGUUCAUGGUCUGCAACGACUGUAUUCAACAACUUUCUUCCCAGUUGUGUUGCUUCGAAGUUUAGGAUUACAACUCACUCAGAAUAUACCUGGAAUUAAGGACAUCUUCUUAAAACGAGCAAUAGCUUAAAAUAUAAAGCCUUUGUUUUUUUUUAGUUGAUUUAUGUUGUCUUUUAAUCAAACAAUAAAUUUAAUAAAAGAAUAGAUUAUUAUACCAUGUCA